AUGUGCACAUUACUGAUAACAACAUUUAUCGUCGUUGCAGCUGUUGGUAGAUUGGGAUAUGCGUAUGAUCUCAAUGCAGAUUUAUCUCGCGGAUUGGUUGGAAGCCUUUCGUCAAAACAUCGUACGCUUCUUGAGGAUGGUACAUCUUUUACUGAUUUUCCUGAAGAUUAUGCAGCGAUCUACUUGAAAGAACAAAGUUUACAUAAUAUUCCACCUCCCACUGGUAUUUAUGAAAUUUGGCCGAGACAAGGAAAACCGAUUAAAGUUCUGCGUGACAUGAACAUUGAUGGUGGUGAUUGGGCCGUCUUUCAAAAACGAGGCGAUUAUACAUCUAAAGAAGAUUUCUAUCGAACCUGGCUCGAAUACAAACAAGGCUUCGGUGACCUACAACGACAGUUUUGCAGGUCGUUUUCAACCAAAGAUCAAGAUAAUGACGCAUAUUCUGGGUCAUGUGCACAACUGCACAAUGGAGUCUGGUGGUAUUAUCAUUGCCAUAAUUCUAAUCUGAAUGGAGGAUAUUUACGGGGACCUCAUCCAACAACAGAUAGUGUAGGUGUGAAUUGGGCGACAUUUAGACGUCUUUACUACUCAUUGAAAAUGACAACUGAAAUGAAAAUUCGGCCAGUUUGGUUUAAACCAUAA